AAUUUAAUUUGUGAACAUCAAAUACUUCCUGGCAGCAUUUUCCGUUCUUUACUUCAAAGAAUACGCAGAAAACGAACGCCAACAAAAGAGCAGCAACAAGAAUCUACAACAAUAAUUCCAUCGAUUUCAUCAACUAGAGAAGAUAUAUUAGCAGAAAAUGGAGAAUCUCCACACAAAAAACUAAAAGAAAAAAGAAUUAAAGAGGAAAUAUUAAUGAGUGAAUUAAGGCCUUCAAAUUUAGAAAUGGCUACGUGUCCGUUACUUUUUGGAGAAGAAAAAUAUUGUUGUAAAAAUAAUGAAGAUGAGGAUGAAAAUGAAGAAAAGACCAAAUUGUUUAUUAUAUUAAAAUUUAUGGCUUCAAGUGAGGAUGAGCAACGGCAAAAGUGCCGCGAUAUGAAAAACAAUGUUGCUGUCGCAGUGAGAAUUCGACCACAAAAUGCAAGGGAAAUGGCUGCAAAAGAGAAGAUUUGUGUAUUUAUUUCUCAAGACGAACCACAAAUCACAAUUGGACGGGAUAAAUCCUUCACUUAUGAUUUUGUUUUCUCUGACCAGUCAACCCAAGAAGGCGUUUACAAUAAAUGUAUUCAUAAUUUACUAGCUGGCGCUUUUGAUGGUUAUAAUGCGACUGUUUUGGCUUAUGGACAGACUGGAAGUGGCAAAACCUACACAAUGGGGACUUCUUUUGAUGUGAAUCAAUUCAAUUUGGAUACAAACAUUACUGCUGGAAUCAUCCCGCGGGCUGCUAGGCAUCUUUUUGAGGGAAUGGAGGAGAGAAAACUUGCUGCCAAGACAAAUGGUGCUGUUGAGCCAACUUUCGAAUUAAAUGUCCAAUUUAUUGAGCUUUAUAAUGAAGAAAUAAUUGAUUUGUUGUCCGAUGGUCGUUCUCGCAACACAAUCAGAAUUCAAGAGGAUCAUAUUCGAAAUGAAAUUGGUCUUAAAGGUGCUACUUGGAAGUCGGUAAAGACCGCAUUGGAUGUAAUGACUGCAUUAAAAGCUGGGUCUUUGAAUAGAACUACUGCUGCGACAAAUAUGAAUCAACAGUCAAGCCGUUCACAUGCAAUCUUCACUAUUAGAAUUAAGCAGAGCCGAGUUGAUGAUUCUCCUAAACAACAAACGGAACUGGAAGUUUUACAUGCGAAAUUCCAUUUUGUCGACUUGGCUGGCUCUGAGCGAUUAAAGAGAACUGGUGCAACUGGUGACCGUGCUAAGGAAGGAAUCAGCAUCAAUUCUGGACUGCUUGCUCUCGGGAACGUAAUCUCUGCUUUGGGUAGUGGAAAGGUCACCCAUGUUCCUUAUCGUGAUUCAAAACUCACUCGUUUGUUGCAAGACUCGCUUGGUGGGAACAGUCGAACGUUAAUGAUUGCAUGUGCCAGUCCCUGUGACGUUGAUUUUAUUGAAACGCUUAAUACAUUGAAUUAUGCGAAUCGGGCCAAAAACAUCAAAAACAAGAUUGUGGUUAAUCAGGACAAGUCUUCCAAAUUAAUAACUGAGCUCCGUACUCGUAUUGCUAUUCUUGAAUCUCAACUAUUGGAAUAUCAAUCAAACAAGUCUUUUAAAGUAAUAACCGAGCUCCGUGAUCGUGUCGCCUUUCUUGAAUCUCAACUAUUGGAAUAUCAACAGGGCAAGCGCUUAUUAAAUGGAGACGAGGAGGCGUUGCUUAAUGACCAAUAUACGGAUAAACUCUUGUAUGGAUCUCCUUAUGUUCAUCAACCACAAUCAUCUAAUCCUACCGAAAGUUUAAUAAAUCAGGCGAAGGAAGAAAUUGAAAUGGAAAAAAAGGCGUUGAAUGAGGCUGAAGCUAAAUGUUUUAACCAAUUCGAUGAAGAACAAAACGUUUUGGAUGUAGUUUGCGAAGAAGAGAAUAGUGACGAUGAUGAUGAAGAGGAUGAGGAGGUUGAUCCGGCAGAAAAACAAAGUUUAGAGCGUCUUGAUCAAAUUCACUCUGAUUUGGCUAAACUUCACGAAGACAUUGGCAUCAAAGAACGCCUUGUAGCCGAGCUAGAAUUGAAUCAACGUCGUUUGGAGGAACAGCGGAGGGAUUAUGAACAAAAGAUGGAAGAACUUUGCAAGAAAAUUCAGUCUACAGAGGCGGAACGUGACAAUGUUCUUGAACAGAUGACAGCGAAGAAACAGACCAAACAAUAG